CUAGAAUAUCCGUUAGCAUAUCCGUAAACUGGAAAAGGAAUAUUCCAUCCCGUCUACGUUCCGUUUCUUUCCCGCCUCACCGUAUAUAUCCUUCCAAGAACCGCUCGCUCUCCAUCCAAGGCCGCAUUGCGAUUUUCCAUUUUCCUGACUCGUCUAAUCCCCACCGUUGAUUUUCCGUCAUGGCUCUCAAGGCCGUCCACAUGUCCGACGUCCCCAACCUCGAUCAGGUCCCGGAGAACGCUGCCCUUGCGCUCUCUUCCGCCAAGCUCUCCAAAGGACCUGACGCCGUUAGAACAGCGUUUAAACCGCAGAAAUUCUCGGUGAUCGGGCAUCGGGGCAGCGGCAUGAACAUGCUCUACUCGCCCGAUCGGAGAAUGAAAGCGAUCAAGGAGAAUUCCAUCCUGUCUUUCAACUCCGCUGCGAAAUUCGCCGUUGAUUUUGUCGAGUUCGAUGUUCAGGUGACAAGAGAUGACUGCCCUGUCAUUUUCCAUGACGACAAAAUCCUUACAGAAGAAAAUGGCUGUAUAUCUGAAAUGAGACUUACAGAUCUCACCUUAAAUGAAUUUCUUAGCUAUGGGCCCCAAAGAGAACCUGGAAAUGUGGGAAAAUCUCUACUUAGAAAAGCUAAAGAUGGGAGAAUUUUCAGUUGGAAUGUCGAAGACGACGACUCCCUGUGUACAUUGCAAGAGGCCUUCCAGAGGGUUGACCCGUCUCUGGGCUUCAACAUUGAGCUAAAAUUCGAUGACAAUAUAGUCUAUCAAGAUGAAGAGCUUAUACAUGUUCUUCAAGCAAUCUUGCUGGUGGUGUUUAAAUAUGCCAAAGACAGACCCAUCAUUUUCUCAAGCUUUCAGCCAGAUGCUGCGAGGCUGGUCCGGAAAUUGCAGAGUGUUUUCCCUGUAUUCUUCCUUACAAAUGGAGGGUGCGAAAUUUACAGUGAUGUGAGGAGAAAUUCCUUGGAUGAGGCCAUCAAGAUGUGUUUGGCCAACGGCUUACAAGGGAUUGUAUCCGAAGUGAAAGCCAUUUUCAGAAAUCCGGGAGCAAUACCUAGAAUCAAAGAAUGCAAUCUUCAACUCCUGACCUAUGGCCAGCUGAACAAUGUGCCGGAAGCAGUUUACAUGCAACAUCUGAUGGGCAUUGACGGCGUGAUCGUUGAUCUAGUGAAAGAGAUUACAGAAGCAGUUUCUGAUUUCAUCAAGCCAUCUGAGGAGCAAGAGGAGGAUGGGUCUCCUGAUUUGGAAGCAGAUGGACCCAAAAAGCCAAUUGCACGGCCCAAUUUCUCCGAACGUGAGUUGUCGUUUCUGCUCAAGCUCAUACCCCAGUUGAUACAACCGUAGGCCAAAUAUCUAUCACAGAGAAUUCAUGACAAGUGAAUAGAGAGUUUUCAAUCUUUAGUGUGUAGGGGAUAGCUCUCUCUGUCCCAUAAGCAUUGUUGUAUAGUAAUUCAUCUGCUCUUCUUGUCACACGGUGACCAUUGACGGGCAGACGGAUGGAUGGGAUUGCGUUUGUACCACCGAAAAUCUUCAUCAAAGCAGAUUUGAGUAAGGUCACACUUCUGUU